AUGACGCCCCCUUCCUCGACGGGACUGUCCAUGGUCCCGGGGAAUCCCACCUUUCGGGAUUCCGCUGUGAAUAUGGUGGCUUUGGUCCCUCUCUUAAGUUCGAACAAGGACGGUGAUAUCUCGACGACUCGGUCCGCACAUUCCUUCGGUGAACUCUGGACUGCCUUGGCUCGGCAUGCGAACAUUGACACGGACGCCAAUGCCGGUAGCACCUCCGAACUGAAGCACCAAGAACUGCUCAUGGUCGUCCCGAAUAGUAGCUUGACGUGUCCCGGAGAUUGGCGCUACAACGACACUCCUCUCAAGGCCUUUCACUGGCAGCACGGAUGUCAGCGCUUCGCAAUCUUCGACGGUCGUCCCACACAGUCGCGCAGUGCCCACGAUCGACUCUACAAUCACGCUCUUACACGAGACUGGAUCGAUGCCGUUCCUAGUUUUCGUGUCGCUGCCGUCGUUGGCGUCCUCAACAUGCACGAUUGUGGCGACUUGGCCGACCUCCACCGAGCCGAAGAAGAACUCACGUCCUGGGCCUCUCGCUACGCAACGCCCCCCUACGCCGUUACCGCACACGCGCAGACCUGGGAACGUGAUACACCCUUCACGCGGCUCUUUGUCUUUGACAGUUUCGACGAAGCCUGUCAAAAAAUUGAUUUGAACGCGUCCAAUUUGGGCAAUCGAGUUUUGGCCUUUCCGCCAACUGACGAAACACACGCCGCCAUGAUUGAGCUCCAUUUAAAUGUGGUCGUUAACGAUUUGGCAGUGGCGAUCUUUUGUGCCUUGGAAGCGAGAAUACGGGAAUCAGAAGAAAUAGUGAAGCACAGCGAACCCGCAGCCUCCACUACCACAUCAGGUAGCGCGGCAAAUCAACCAAAGACUCGUCGCACUUUGUCGAGGAUUAUGUCCGCUGGGUCUUCAUCUUCCGACAAAGAAACGGAAGAUUUGCCCAGUGCAUCGACCAAGUUAAGUUUGAGUAACAUGGUUACUUUAGUCAACCCGGCGAGUAAGCUCGCCACGGAUUCACAUCAGUCAAAAGAUAGAAAUUUCAAAAAGGGAAAAUUGGCGAAAGACAAGGACGACAAGUCUGUCGAGCCCAAGAAUACGAAUGCAAAACCUCCCGCUUUUCCUCCCAAAACUCCCAUGAACGGCAAUAGCGCGUCGUCGUCUACGGCCAAAGGUCCUCAGCUCCUUACACCCAUGGAUGAAGUCUGGGAUCUCUCCGAGCUGUCACCAAAAGACGCUCACGCCGUUCGCAAACGCGAAUUGGGACGACGACAAAAGUAUACUGCCGAUCUGGCUUUGCUGGCGGGUUCGCCAUUGGACGCGUACGAGCGUUACUUGGCGGCCGCGGAAGCACUGAAAGUGGGCACUCCGGAUCCACUCUGGUACGCACUCACUUUGGAAGGGUGCGCCGCCUCGCACAUUGCCAUGGCUGACGCUGGCGGGUAUGGUGUCGACGAGUAUCUCGAAAAUAAUUUUCAAAUGCCCGACGAAAUCAUGGCGUUGGUGAAAAAAGAAACCCAACCGGAAAAGAGAAUCACGGCCAAUAAGCAGACACUACCAGACGUUGUCAUGGCACUGUGUGACGAAGCCUUGAACAUUACGAAUCGGCAUACCCAUACAGGUUCUUUUUACACCUCGCUCUUAUUGAGAAUGGCGAACUACGUAUCUGAACACGCCGAGGCGCAUUUGCGUUGUCGUUGGGGUGAAGGGGUAGGAUCGUUUUCGGGAAAUGCCAACGACAGUCCACGGUGUGAAAAGCCCUCGGUUCGACGUUUACAGUUUCACGAGUUAAAAACUGCAGAAGGAAAUGACAUAAUCGCCAUCAACGAGAUGAAUCGAAUCAAAAAAUUUUGCGAACUUUUGCACGCUGCCGUCUCUGCGGGGGCUUUAGACACGGAGACUCGGGUAGAUGUGGCCGCUAAAGCUGCAAGCAGUUGUUUGGACGGUGUCCCAGCAUCGUGUUGGGUUCAAUCAACAACGAACCGGAUUCGUCUGCCCCGCAAAGCCGCUUUCUUUGCCACUGUAGCGGCAGACGCGCUUUCGGUUGAAAGCGGGAGAGGAAACGCAGCUGCUGCGGAAGCUUUGUGGCUGUCGGCAACGCAUUUGUAUACCGCUACACCCAACCAUGCGGACGGUACUGGUAGUUACGGCUGGGCCUCAUUACGGGCCUCAACGCUGCAUGCACUGUCGCUCUUGAGCAACAGUACCGCUUCGCAGCAGGCCGCUGAGCAACUCUUGGAACUCCUUUGGGAAAUUUCGCCGGAUCUUUCCGGCAAACCCGACGGCAAAACAAUGUCCAAGAAGGUGCUCAACAUUAACAUGGACAUUGAAAAGGAAAGCUUACCUUCGGAAGAAAAUGAGGGUUCGAAAGAUACGCACAAUCGCAGUGGGGUUGAUACUGAUACAGUAGCUGCGACAACAUCAGCCUUUGCCAAAAAGAUCCAAGAGAGCUUCACGUCAAUGACGGCGGAUUCGUCCCUUUUGGCUGUUCAAGCGAAAUGGGCCGACGAAGGUCCUAUCGAGGCAAUCAACUUUCCCUUUUCUCCUUCUUUGAAAUGUUCUUCUGCGAAGUUGGCCCUGGGUUCUGUAUGGUCGCAGGCCACCAAAGAUGAGUGUGCAGACGCCCAGCUGGCAUGCAUAGACCGGAUCGCCGCGUUGCAUCGUGCACUUCCGACAAGGUCGGGUGCAAAGAAUACACCCAUAGCGGAAGGUACCCAAAACGAUGUCUUGCCUUUAUAUAUCGCCUCAGAGAUCUCAGUUCGAUCGGAACCGAUAUUAGAGCUGGAAUGCGUGAAGUUGUCAACAACCCUACCGGCAGAAGACCAAGGGGCCAUGGCAACCUUCUAUAAUCCAUUUUCCAGAAAGGAAAACAAUGUGCAGGUGACCCGCGUUGCAGGGGGUGAGGAGCGGGCCUUUUCCAUACAAUUUGGCAAUCGCUUGGUGAUACCAUUGAUAAUUCAAAGAUGUGAUCUCGUUUUCGGAGACAAUGCCAAUGAUCGAAUCCAGGCGACACCCUUGUCGUUUGUCGUUCCACCAAAAGCUACAAACUUUGUUGUUCAAUUCCCCUUCAUGUUUCUCUCAGAGAUAUCAUCCGACAGAGUGGAAGACGUCCCAAACCUCUUCGAAGUCAAAGGGUUGAAUUUGAACUUUAUGGGAAGGAUGUUCUUUGUUUCAAUGUACUCGGCUGGAACGGCCCCGACUACGAAGGACUUCAAACCGUUGUGUGCCACAGAGGCUGCAGGCAAGUAUCCUCUCAUGACUGUAGAAAAGAAAGAAGAUAAGAAAGUAGUUGAAAAGCCACGUCUCGAGGCCUUCCACUAUCAGCCGCGGCUUCAGAUCUUCUUUCACCUUACAGGUGUGCCUCUCCAGUCAGAAGCCUUAUUUGCAAUCAGUUUGUCUCCUUGCGAGGUGUACUCAUUACCAGAGCUGCGUCUUGUCAAUUACGCUGGUUCCACUGGACACGGAAAAAUAGAACAACUUCAGAUUGUCGUUAUGGGUCUACUCGGGAUUGGCGAACGCGUUGUGUUUGAUUCUUCCGCACGUGCUGGUGGCGAAGCAGUCCAGUCCACGGAAACUUUUGCAACAGGUUUGAAUGAUGAAAAAGAUGCUCCCGCCGUUUGCGUUCGGGCUGUAACACAAUCGUUGCGCGUUGAUGGUAUAAAUAACCGUGACAACGAGUCGAAUACUUUGACUCUGCAAAUCGCUGGUUCACACAAUCUCAAUGUCAAGUUGCUGAAGAAUUAUUGUUUUAUUAUUCGCUUCAGAUUUCGAGGCAAGGCUACUCGUACCACCGAAGUCUGGAGAAAAGUCGAUAUUCGGAUUCAGCUUACCUCCAUCCAAGGCCCAGCAAUAUCAUCGAUCACUUUCCAACCGAACCUCUUGAAGUCUUGCGGCUUUGAUCAAUUGUGCAAUAGUUUACAGGCUCGCUCGCCGCUCAAAUGUGCAGAAAGGAACUCGGAGAUGUCCAGUGGCGGUACAUUUUCCGAGAUUGAGAACUUGGACGCCCCGAACUGUAUCGGAACUAGCACGGGGAUUCAUGUUUGUACAAAAGUUCUCAUUUUCGUGGCGACAGUCGCCAAUCCAUUCGGCUGUGACAUUGUUUUGUCACGUCCAGGUGGCUUUGUGGGAGGGUUUGCCGGCCACUUGCUUUCUACUGUUCUUGUAAAGGCAGGACUUUCAACUUCCUUUCCUGUUUGCAUACGCCGAAUCGCUCCAAAAAAUGAAGACGGAUCUGAGGUGAAUAUCCUGGAUGAAUUUUCAUCUCAAACCCGUUUAUUGUGGACACUCAAAGAUACACAGAACCCCAUCAGUUCAAUCGGCAAAGGAUUUGUCCAGCUAAAUACAGAAACUCUACGAGAACAAAUUCGUAUCAACCCUGCAUUCUUGUGUAAGAUAUGCUAUUCUCCCUGCGAAAUGCAACUGUACAUGGGAGGUAUACCUGUUGACGAAAAAUCGACUGAAAUCUCUUCUCCUUUAGGGAGUCCGGUGGACCUCGCAGUCGAGGUGAAACUAGCAUCUUGGGUUUCCAUUGAUGUUUUGAAGUUUACGGACCUUUCUGUCGAGUUCUUUUGCGCUCGCCAAGAUGGAACGUUUAGCUCCAAGAAUGAUCAUGUGUGGUGUGGUAAGCUUCGACAGAGAUUGAAUUGGGAAGAAGAAGACGUUAAUUCCGCAAGGUCACAUCGAGUGAGGGUUGUGUUCGUCGAUGGCGGGCGAUUUCUUUUAUCUGUAUGUAUACGCAUUUCUCGAGGAAAGGAUUCUGAAGAAGUAUGGUGGGCACCGGUGGCAGCCCGCGUCUAUGCUGACAAUGCUAAGCUACUUGCUCGAUAG